UCCUCUCGAUCUAACAAAAGAACUAAAAAAAAGGAUCAAAACAUUAAGAAAUGGCGAAUGGGUGCGAGAUUUGCUGUGAAAUAAUGAUCGCCAUUCUCAUCCCUCCUCUAGGGGUUUGUCUGAGGCAUGGCUGUUGCACUACGGAGUUCAUGAUAUGUUUGAUCCUAACGCUUCUGGGGUACGUACCGGGGAUCAUCUAUGCACUUUAUGCAAUCGUGUACGUGGAUCGUGAUCAAUUCUUCGAUGAGUACCGUCGUCCACUUUUUUAUGCCCAAUCACCCUGAUUUAUUCGUUUGCUCUUCUUUUAUAAUGUUUUUGCUCUUGUAAUUUCAUUUAUUCCAUUAAUUGAUUAAAGUCUCAACAUGUUUGAGAUCUUUUCUUCUUGAA